AUGGGACAGGGAUUUUCACUUGCGACUCCCCGGGUCGGAGGGCCCGGUAUCGACGUGCCGGAGCUCGCGGACCUUGUCUACGAACGGUCGGUCGGUACCGGCGGGUUCAUGAAGGGCGUCCGGGCGCGGCACCACGAUGGCGUCGUCAUGGCCAAGGUCCUCAUCAAGCCGUAUUCCAUGUCGCUGGACAAAUACAAGCAGGCAAUCAUCCGCGAGCGACGACUUCUUAGCGACGUACCCAACGCCCUCCCGUACCAGCGCGCUAUUGAAACCGAGACGAACGGAUACCUUGUUCGGCAGUUCCUCUACAGCUCUCUGUACGACCGCCUUAGCACCCGACCGUUUCUGGAGGACAUCGAGAAGAAGUGGCUGGCAUUCCAGCUCCUGUGCGCACUACGCGACUGCCAUAACAAGGGCGUGUACCACGGAGACAUCAAGACGGAAAACAUCCUCGUGACGUCGUGGAACUGGCUGUACCUCUCUGACUUUUCUUCGUCUUUCAAGCGUGUCAUGUUGCCCGAGGACAACCCGGGCGAUUUUUCUUACUUUUUCGAUACCUCGGGAAGGAGAACGUGCUAUUUGGCGCCCGAGAGGUUUCUACCCCCGGGCGAGGAGGCCGACCCGGACGCCAAGGUGACCUGGGCCAUGGAUGUAUUCAGUGCCGGCUGUGUCAUAGCCGAGCUCUUCCUCGAGACGCCCAUUUUCACCCUGAGCCAGCUCUACUCAUACCGCAAGGGCGAAUACGACCCCGCAAUAACACACCUGAGCAAGAUCCCGGAUAAGGAUCUGCGCGAGAUGAUUACGCAGAUGAUCCAGCUCGAUCCGCAGAAGCGAUACUCGGCCGAGCAGUACCUGGACUUCUGGAAGGGGAAGGUGUUUCCGGAAUACUUCUACAGCUUCCUGCAUCAGUACAUGGAACUGAUCACAGACAUAUCGUCUGCCCAGUACGCCGGGGGAGGGACUGCAAGGAGCGCCAGCGAAGCAGACCAGCGGAUCGAACGGGUAUGGCUCGACUUCGACAAGAUCGCGUAUUUUCUCGGCUACCAGAACGGGGAAAGCCGCGUCGAGGAGCAACAGCUGUCUCCCAGGCUCGGGCUGGGCAACUUCCCAAACGACUUGGUCGUGGUCUCCGCGGUCCGUGCUAUUACGCAACUGCUCGACCUCGUCAAGGUCAUCACCCCGGUGAAUUCGCAGAUAUUCCUCGACUACAUCAUGCCGCGAAUGGAGCCGCUCCUCCUGCUGGAUAGCCAGAGGGUACCCAGCCCCAUCGUCCGGGCUACGUACGCUUCUUGUCUCGGCAAGUUAGCCAUCGCUGCCGACCGCUUCCUGGCAAUGGCCGCAGCGCUGCGCGCAGACGGUUCUGCGGCCCUCGCCGACCCCGAGGUGGAGCCGGGCAUCGAGGCAGAGGCGGGCUUCGCCGGACUGUUUGACGAUGCACGCAGGGAGUUGGUCGAGGUUUUCGAAGUCCAUACCAAGACGCUCAUUGAAGACUCGGACCCUUUCGUCCGGCGAGCUUUCCUUACCUCUGUCCCUGACCUGUGCAUCUUCUUUGGUGCUCUCCAGGCGAAUGACAUCAUUCUCACACAUCUGAAUACCUACUUGAACGAUCGUGACUGGAUGCUCAAGUGCGCCUUCUUCGACACCAUUGUUGGCAUUUCGACGUUCCUGGGCAGCAACAACCUGGAGAAAUUCAUGCUGCCGCUCAUGGUUCAGGCCAUCACUGAUCCAGAGGAACACGUGGUUCAAGGGGCACUUCAUGCGCUAGCUGAGCUGGCAAAUAUUGGUCUUCUGACCAGACACACCUAUCUAGAGCUGAUCGGCAUUGUUGGGAGGUUCACCAUGCAUCCGAACAUUUGGAUUCGCGAGUCCGCCGCCGAGUUCAUCUCAAGCGGGAAGCGUUUCUUAAGCCCGGCGUUUUUCAGGGUGCAAGUAAUGCCGCUGCUGACGCCCUAUCUAAAGUCACAUCGGCUCCCGGACUUCUCCGAGCUCGAUCUUCUCGAGGCACUUCAGAAGCCUUUAUCUCGGUCAGUCUUCGACCAGGCCCUGUUAUGGGCUUCGAAGACCGACCGAGGGGAUUUCUGGAAGCCCUUCAGGAAACUACGCGACGCUGUCUCUAAGCCAAUGUCUGCCAGAGCGGACUCCAACCCUCAAGCGUUGGCUAAGGCUACCAGGAACGAAGAAGAUGAGCAGUGGCUGAACAAGCUGCGGAAUCUGGGGCUUGCUCCGGAAGACGAGCCAAAGCUGCUCGCGCUCAGGGAGUUUAUUUGGAGGCUGAGCCAGAUCAAGGCCAGAAACUCGGCCAACCAGGACGCGGUGAAUGUUACCGCGCUCAACAGCAUCAUAUCGCUCCGCAGCCUGGGUAUCGGGCCUCAGACCGUUAUAUUUGACGAGAGCACACCGGUUCAGCAAGUCGUCACUCCCGAACAAGACGACAAUGCCCCUCGGACCAUAAGAGAUGCACUUCUUGACGCAUCCAGGUCGAUCGAUGACCCGAUUGGCAAGAAGCGGCGAGCGGCCCUGAAUAACCACCGGUCCCGGCUCGGGACGCGGGACGACCUCUCGCCCGUGUCUACAGAUAGCAGACGGCUGUUGGAGGACGAGUCGACCAUCUCCUCGGCGAUUGGACGCGGGGAAGGCUCAAGGGCUACGCCCCGGCGAACCUCCCUUACCCACGGCAAAGCCGCCACGCUGUCGCCCGUGGAUGACGAUAGCUCGAUCAACGAGGCUCCUUAUGCGGCGCGGAGGAGCUUACGUCAGCAGUCGAGCGCCAUAAAUCUUAUGAACCGCAAAGACAGCGGGAAGUCAGGUCCGGAGACCGGCACGACGGAGGCCAACGCGUUCGGCGAGGUCGAAGGGCCCUUCAGCCAGGCUACCGUGCGGAAAGCUUCCCCGCGGGACGCGGAAUCGGCGUUGAUUUACGCCAAUACGCGACCGCGGGCCAACCACACGUACACGGGUAAUGACCCAAACAUUCUGAAGAUGCUAGAUGAGAUGUAUGUCGACAGAUACCCCCAUGACAUCUACGACUAUGGCCCACUGGUCACACCGAUCGCGCGGCAAAAAUCCAACAAGUCGACGGGUUCGCCGCAAACGAUCGAGGAUGCCUGGAGACCGUCGGGCAAGCUCGUCGCGACAUUCUCCGAGCAUGUCGGAGCGAUCAACCGAAUCGUCGUCUCUCCAGACCACCAAUUCUUCCUCACGGGCGGCGACGACGGGUGCGUCAAGGUCUGGGACACGGCCCGACUGGAGCGCAACAUCACCCACCGGUCACGGCUCACGCACAAACACGCCGCCGGUGCUAGGGUGCUCGCGCUCUGCUUCAUCGAGAACACCCACACGUUUGUCAGCUGCGCAAGUGACGGCAGCGUGCAUGUGGUCAAGGUCGACACGAUCCUCAGCGGCAUCAACUUCCGGUACCCGCGACUGCGCCUCCUGCGCGAGUAUCAGCUCGUCGAGGGCGAGCACGCCGUGUGGUGCGAGCAUUUUAAGCGGGACGGCAACUCAGUCCUGAUCCUAGCCACCAACAAGUCUAUCAUCCGCGGCAUCGACCUGCGCACCAUGACGCUCCUCUACAAGCUCGAGAACCCGGUCCACCACGGGACGCCGACCUGCUUCUGCGUCGACCGCCGGCGCAACUGGCUCCUCCUGGGCACCUCGCACGGCGUGCUCGAUCUGUGGGACCUCCGCUUCAAGAUGCGCCUCAAGGCCUGGGGGGUUCCGGGCAAGGGCUCCAUCUACCGCCUCUCGGUCCACCCGACCAAGGGCCGGGGCAAGUGGGUGUGCGUCGCCGGCGGCACGGGCCAAGGCGAGGUUACCGUCUGGGACCUCGAGCGCACGCUGUGCCGCGAGAUCUACCGCGUGGGCGGCAACAAGGAAGGCCCCAAAGGGUACGAGGCCUGGGAGGUGGACGAGGACUGGCCGGAGGGCAUGCUGGGCCGGUUCGCGACGGACCUCGAGCCGGUGGCGGUGGGCAACACGGACCGCGGCGUGCGUGCCAUGGCCGUCGGCACGGGCGCCGUGGACGAGGAGAAGGAGCUUCGGCACGCCUUCAUCAUCACCGCCGGGGCCGACAAGAAGCUCCGCUUCUGGGACCUGUCGCGCAUCGAAAAUAGCGUCGUCUUCAGCGGCCUGCGCCCGGACGAGGGCCGCCCGACCUUCACCGCCAGCCAUUUCACCCCGUCCAUGACGCUAAACACGGAGCGGUGGCCCAGGCCGGUCGGCGGCGCACCGGCGUCGGGCUCUGCGGCGAACGGCGGGACGGGGAGGAGUAGUGGUGGUGGUGCGCGCCGUCACCGGGCGCCCAGGUCGACGGUGAUGUCUCUGGACCAGCAGCAGCUGUUGAGAAGCCACUUGGAUGCCGUAGUGGAUGUGGCUGUGCUGGAGUCUCCCUAUAUGAUGACGGUCUCGGCGGAUAGGAGUGGUGUUGUGUUUGUUUUCCAAUGA